AUGUCCCGGGUAAUAUUUGUUGGAGGCCCAUCUGGAACAGGCAAGUCAACAAUAUCUAUAUUGUUGUCAAAGAAACUCGAUUGUCCCUUCAUCGAGGGUGACGAGUUUCAUCCGCAGGCCAACAUAGACAAAAUGAGUCAAGGAAUUCCGCUAACGGACGAAGAUAGAUGGGGGUGGUUGAGUAUACUGUGUCAAGCCGCUAUUUCCGUGGUGCAGGGUGGAGAAAAUACUGUGGUUGUAAGUUGUUCGAUGCUUAAAAAAAAGUACCGAGACUAUAUUAAGGAAACUAUUGGAACUAAAGCCCAGACUCAAUUAUUUGUGCUUUACAAUGAUUUUAGUACCAUAUACAAGAGAAUGGAAACACGGUCAAACCAUUAUAUGAAGGCCAACAUGUUGAAGUCACAAUUUGACGAUCUAGAGGUUCCAGAAUUAGAGGACCAUGUAUAUAAAGUGUUUUGUGGAACCAAGGAGCCCGAGCAGAUUUUUGUGGAGAUUUUAAAGUACAUUAAUCUAUAA